UUUGGAGAUUCAGAUUCAAUCACUUUCUUUCUCUUUGCUUUCUCUUUCGAGGUUUAUCCUCCCGACUUUCUCUUCUUUUUCUUGAGCAAAAAGACAUUCUCUUUCCAAACUCACUCCACCUUCUCUACAAACCAAACCAAAUCAAUACAUCCACUAUGUAUUUCUCCAAGGCCCUCCUCGCUUCCACCCUCGCUCUCGCAGCCACCGCUGCCCCUGCUCCCUCGAGCACCACCAGCUCCGCCCCCAGCAGCUCCAGCUCCAGCUCCUCCGGCGGCGGCGGUGGCGGCGGCGUCACCAUCAUCAACAACCUCUCUGAGGAGGUGCAGAUCCAAAACACUGCCUCCACAACGGGCAACGGCGCCUCAAAGAGCCUCAGCUCCGGCGGUGACAGCACAACCGAGACGAUGCAGACCACCUCCGACGGCAGCGGCAUCUCCAUCAAGAUGUCCACCGGCGGAUCCGAGAAGUCCGUCCUCCAGUUCGAGUACACCAGCGAGGGCGACAAGGUCUUCUGGGACUUCUCCAGCAUCGACCUCGACGAGAACUCGGCCUUCAUCAAGGGCGGCUUCUCUGCCCAGCCCGACAGCGGUGGCUGCGAGGGUGUCUCCUGCUCGCCCGGUGACACCAACUGCUCCCAGUCGUACCAGAACCCGGACGACAAGAACACCAACGCCUGCCCCGGUGGCACCUCUUUCACUGUUACCUUGGGUUAAGCUAUAGAGCGGGAUGUUAGCAAUGCUGGCCCGUUGCCUGCCUGUUACUUGUGAUGUUUGCUGUCUUCUGGGGCCGAUAAAGCCCGCAAGGCAGGCCUUGCACUCUUUUAUGACUUGUUAUUCUUCAUGCGUUUUAGACCA